AUGGCGUGGAGCAAAGCGCAAAGCCUUCUUGGGCAAUGCACUCCACGGCAGGUUGGGUGUCUCGUCAUUCGUCGUGGUGAUGAUACCUGGGCAGCUUGGAAGUACAGUGACCGCAGGUGCGGCUUUUUGCCUGGCCCCCAAUUCGCUGAGUGGCGGCUCUUGUGA